AUGGCUGCCAUCCCUGCCAACAAGCAGUACCUGGUCAAUGACUUGCAGCACCAGAUGGAGAACUCUGUCAAGCCACUGAGCCUGCCAAACCCCAGCAUCCUCAUUGCUAUGAACCUUGCUGGUAACGCGGACAUCCAAGUGCGCAAGAAGCUGAUUCAGCAGAUAAAGAAUGAGUCUGUUGGAAAAGUGACAGAAAUGACCUCUGGCAGUGUGGCCCUUUAUGUCCUUGCUCUCAUGUCAUCUUGUGUGAACCCCAGUGACAUCAAAAUUCAGGGGAAGACCAUCAACUUGACCAAGGACUUGGAGAAGAAAACACAUGAGGAAGUGGCCUGCUAUGAGGAGAACGGCUACCCCAAGACCACGUACUACCAGCUGGGCCUGGACGUCCUGGCUCUGUGCCUGAAGGGAGAAAGGAGUAACGAGAUGGCAGCUAUAAUCCUGGCUAGGGAAGCGGUGCAGAAUAUCAUCAACCUUUCCAUGGAUACCAAGUCCAUGGCAGCUCUGGCACUGAGAUGUGUGUACAAUGAGAUGAGCAAGCAUCCGCAGAAUCUGGACCGGCUACUAAUUGUGGAGGGGCUGGAAAACCUUGCAAAGGAUAUUCUCCGCGCCCAGCAGCAAGGCCAUGGCAUCAUCGGAAAUAUCUAUAGCGUUGGCUUGGCCAUGCAGGCACUCAGUGUCACCCCUGAGUUCUUUUCCCCUAUGGUGUGGAACUGCACAGAAACCCUCACCAAAGUGCUGACCCAGGUCUCCAGUGGGGCUUUUAGCAACCCCAUGGCUGCCUCCCAGAUCCUCCCAUUCUUUGUGGGCAAAACCUAUUUGGAUGUGACCAAAAUCAACUGUCUCUCAGAGAGCGAGCAGCAGGAGACGACUAGAAUGCCUCCAGUGACAUCCACCGUGCGCAGCAUGGCAGCGACCUCUUUGGAAUGGUUCUGGUUGCCAGCUAUACCCAGUCCAAAGUGCACCACCCCACCAGCUCAGCAGCACAUCAAAAGGGUUCACCUGUCUCUUCCUUCCCCCUCUCCUUGCUCAGUUACAGUGAACUACACCAUCAUCAACAAGCUAAGAGGGCAACCCUUCUGGAACUCCACCUUGGUGCGAGUGCCUAAAGGCUCUGUGCUGCUCGAUGUCCUGAAAGCAGCUCGGGACAAAAAUGCAAUGGUAUUCAGUUUUAAAUUGGAAGAGACCUCCUGGGGCCUGAUGGUAAUCUCCAUCCAUGGCCUUGCUGCCAGCUCCAGAGACAAGACCUACUGGGAGUUCUUCAGUGGUGAAACGCCUCUGGAUCAAGGCGUUGAAAGUUACAAGCUAACAGGCAAUGAAAGCAUCAAGGCUGUUUUCAGCACAUAUGGAGUACAAGAGGAGUAG